AGGCGUAGCACUGGCGGCGGUCCCAGAAAGCCCUUCCUUUGCUCCCCGUUAGACUGUGAGUACAGAGGAGGGAGGAGAAAGCCAGCGAGCCAGGAAAGCAACCUCGGCUCGAGCGACCGCUCCCUCCCGCCGGGCCCCGCAGCCCCCAUCUCAGAGCCCUCCAGCCUCCCGCCACCGCCGUCAUGUUCCGGUACCUCGGGGAAGCGCUGCAGCUGUCCCGGGCCGGGGCCUCGGCCGCCGCCGCCGCGGCCGCCACGGACCCCGCCGCCUCCGCCCUGCUACUGCGGGCCCGGGGCCAGCCCGCGGUCGCACCGCCCGCCCCUCGACGCCACUACAGCGAGGCGGCCGGGGCCGGCGAGGAUGAUCCCAACUUCUUCAAUAUGGUGGAGGGCUUCUUCGACGCGGCUCCCGCAUCGCUGGAGGACAAGCUGGUGGAGGACCUGAAGACGCGGGAGACGGAGGAGCAGAAGCGCAGGGUGCGAGGCAUCCUGCGCAUCAAGCCCUGCAACCAUGUGCUGAGCGUCACCUUCCCCAUCAAGAGGGACGACGGCUCCUGGGAGGUGAUAGAGGGAUACCGGGCGCAGCACAGCCAGCACCGCACCCCCUGCAAGGGAGGUAUCCGUUACAGUACAGAUGUUUGUGUGGAUGAAGUAAAAGCCUUGGCAUCUCUGAUGACUUAUAAAUGUGCUGUGGUUGAUGUGCCAUUUGGAGGAGCCAAAGCUGGUGUUAAAAUCAAUCCCAAGCACUAUUCAGAUAAUGAAUUGGAAAAGAUCACAAGAAGGUUUACCAUGGAGCUAGCCAAAAAGGGCUUUAUUGGACCUGGUGUUGAUGUUCCUGCUCCUGACAUGAGCACAGGUGAAAGAGAGAUGUCUUGGAUUGCAGAUACCUAUGCCAAUACCAUAGGACAUUAUGAUAUUAAUGCGCAUGCCUGUGUCACUGGUAAGCCCAUCAGUCAAGGUGGUAUCCAUGGGCGUAUCUCUGCCACUGGUCGUGGUGUCUUCCAUGGAAUUGAAAACUUCAUCAAUGAGGCUUCUUACAUGAGCCUUUUGGGAAUGACUCCAGGAUUUGCAGAUAAAACAUUUGUUGUUCAGGGAUUUGGUAAUGUAGGCCUCCAUUCAAUGAGAUACUUACAUCGUUUUGGUGCUAAAUGUGUUGGUGUUGGCGAAUUUGAAGGUGCCAUAUGGAAUAAAGAUGGCCUUGACCCCAAGGAGCUAGAGGAUUAUAAGCUGCAACAUGGAACAAUUAUUGGCUUCCCCAAGGCAAAGCCCUAUGAGGGAAGCAUUUUGGAAGCAGAUUGUGACAUCCUUAUCCCUGCUGCCAGUGAGAAACAGCUGACUAAGGCCAAUGCCCCCAAAAUCAAAGCAAAGAUCAUUGCUGAAGGUGCCAAUGGACCCACAACCCCAGAGGCCGACAAGAUUUUCCUGGAGAGGAAUAUCCUGGUUGUGCCUGAUCUCUUCUUGAAUGCUGGAGGUGUGACAGUGUCUUACUUUGAAUGGCUGAAAAAUCUCAACCACGUCAGCUAUGGCCGUCUGACCUUCAAAUACGAAAGGGAUUCUAACUACCACCUCCUCAUGUCUGUUCAAGAAAGUUUAGAAAGAAAGUUUGGCAAGCAUGGUGGUGCUAUUCCAGUUGUACCCACAGCAGAAUUCCAGGACAGGAUAUCAGGAGCGUCUGAGAAGGACAUUGUGCACUCCGGGUUAGCAUAUACUAUGGAGCGUUCUGCCCGGCAAAUUAUGCGCACUGCCAUGAAGUAUAACCUGGGGCUGGACUUGAGAACCGCCGCUUAUGUCAAUGCGAUUGAGAAGAUCUUCAAAGUGUACAAUGAAGCCGGUUUGACCAUCACAUAAGCGAGUCAUCCUUGUUGGCUCUCAUGGCAUUCUCCUUGCCACCUCCUGUUCUACACCCUCUUCCAGCCUAUCACAAGUUUACAUGUAACCACAGAAAUACCUUUUCCCUCAUGAUUUACUGUAGUGGACACUUCCCGACCAGGUUCAGUCCAAAUUAGUCUUUAUUUUUUUUUUUUUAACUCAGACUAGGUAUAUGCAGACUCGUGGGUCUAACGCUAACUAGUUCGCUCAGUUGAGGGCCAUUUGGUGUAUUUUGCUGCUCAAUAAAAUGCCUCCUCUGUACAGGCAUACAUAGAGCCUUGUUCCUGAGGCUGCCUCCCCACCUCAGGAGUCACCUACUACAGCAGGCGAGCAUCCGGUGGCCCAGGUUAGCGGUCAGCUCACUCCCUCUGCUUGCUCAUUGCAGUUUGGGUGAAUGCUGUAAUUUGCUUGAGACUUUCCAGAGGGCCUUAUUGUGACCAGUAUUCUGUCACUGUCAGAAGAUAGAAUGGCCGUCCUGCAGGGAGUUAGAUUUGUUACAUUACAUCAGCAAAAUACCUCCAUUUGACUUGUUGCAGAAUUAUAGGCUGUUUCUCUUUAGUCAACGUUUUCCUCCCUUUUUAAUAAAAAAAAAAAACAUGCUGCUGUAAUAGAAUUGCCUUUAAUCAUUUAUCAGACCUAACCUUGACUCAGUGAGAGGCCUAUAAAUGUGGAUGAAAGAAGCUAUUAUUUUUAUAACCUGAAAAACAACAGUAUCAUUUCUAGUUUUAUCAACUGUGUACAUUUAUCCAGCAAAAAUUAAAAUCCAAUUCAUAAUAGUCAAGUUUUCCUUUUUCACUUGACCAAUGAAUGGGGCUUAUUUUUCCUUUAACAUUUAAAAAUAUUCUGAACUGUGCUAAAUAUAAUCCUGACAUAGUCCAACAAAUUUAAUAACCUCUUAAUCAUAAUAAAAAUUGGGUUUUUUGGUUUGUUUUGCUUUGGGAUCUGAUCAGAUUAUUAGGUAUUAUGAUGCCUCAUUGAAAAAAUGAAUUAAAAUAUGAAGUCUAACCAGAAACAAUUUUGGCCUUGUCAUUUGGACCCUGGCUGGCGGCUUAUAAACAUCGGCCAAUUACUUAGUCUCUGGAAGUCUUUGUAUUUUCUCUUUAUUUGAAGACCUCACAUUCUGAAUAGAAUCAAGCCUAACAAAGUGGACCUUGACACAAAAUUGGAUCAAAUCUGGUCUUUUUGUUUUGUUCUGGACAAGUUCACUGCUUGGGGGUUAUUUGAGGAAGGCCUUUUGUCUAGAGUCCAAGUGAAGUGCCAGAUAUUAUUUAUAUAGUAAAAGAAUUCUCCAUCUCCCUUUUAAA